AUGAUGCUUAACAUAAGUAACAUUACACAUUCAAUUCUCAUGGAAGAAAUUGACAAUUUUAAUAGUAAUAAUAAUAAUAAUAAUAGUUUAUGUUUGAAUGAUUUAUCAUGUCACAAUGAUGAUAUUAUUAUAAAUGGAUCUCUACGUUAUGCCGUAUAUGAUACAGCUUUAUUCGACGUACUAAAAGUUGAUCCUGAAGACUUUGCUUCACAAAUUACAUUAAUGGACCUUCCAGUAUUCAAAUCAAUAAAUCCAGAUGAAUUAAUCAGCUGUAGUUGGAGUUCAAAAUCUAAACUAGAAAAAGCUUUUCAUAUAGUUCAAUUUACUCGUCGAUUUAAUCAAGUUAAUUUUUGGGUACAAGGCGAAUUAUUACGUGCUGAUAUAAUUAAAAAUCGUAUUGAAAUUCUAUCACAUUUUAUUCGAGUUGCUAAAAAACUUUUCGAUUUCAAUAAUAUUAAUGCAUGUAUGGCUGUUGUUAUGGCUUUACAAAGUGCACCUAUUUAUCGAUUAGAAAAAACCUGGAUGGGACUCAGUAAAAGAGAUCGUACAACAUUUUCAAAUCUAAAAGAAUUGGUAUCAUCUAAUGAAAAUUGGAAACGAUUGAGACAUCAUUUAACUAAUACAAAAUUACCAUGUAUACCCUAUCUUGGUAUUUAUUUAACUGAUAUCAUUCGUAUUGAUACUCUUCAUCCACAUCGAGGUGGACUUGAAACGAAUCAACGUAAAAACGCUAUGAAUAAUAUUUGUCGUGUUAUAUCAGAAUUUCAACAAUCAACUUAUGAAUUUCUUAAACCAAUUGAAUGCGUACAAAAUUAUCUUGCGUCUGUACGAUAUAUGGAAGAAUUACAAACAUUUGUUGAAGAUCAAAAUUUUAAACAAUCAUUAAUAAUUGAAUCUGACGAUCAGCACGAUUCAUGUUGUGAAAAACAAGCGAGAAAUUUAGAAAAGUCGUCUUCAUUCAAAGUUUUACACGUCGAUACGCCGUCAAUUUGUUCACACCGACGAACAUUAAGUGAUUAUAAUCAUUCGAAUUAUUUUUUAUCUUCUAAUAAAUCUGCCACAUUACCUUGUCGAACAAAUGGAAAUAAAAGUCUAUUAGAUGACAGUGUACUUGGAGAUCCUGUCAGCGAAGAAGCUUCAUCUAGUAAUGAAUCAUGUGAAGAAGUUAUUCUUAAAGCAAAAGAAUAUAUUAAAACAAAUAAUAAAAAUCAUCAUAUCAUUCAAGGAAUAUCUUUAUCAUUAUCAUCAUUAUCAAUGAAAGUACCAUUAAAUCCAUAUAAUGAUUCAUUAAUACCAGCAAAUUAUAAUUUUGAAGGUUUAGUAGAACGUAGAUGUCUUUUGAAAAAUUUCAAAGAACCAAAUAUAUCAAAAUGGAAAAAAUAUUGGGUUGCCAUUUGUGAACAUUUACUUUUUUUUCAUAAACAAAGAUCGUUUUUAAUAACGUUACCUAUGCGUUUAAGUCGACAAACAUCGUUGAAAAAGAAUGAUAAUAUAUCAAUUGCACAGUCGAAAUUAUCAAAUAUGAAUAUAACAUUAACAGAAACAGAUCGUUUAUAUUAUCGACAGAAUCCGUCAAAAUGUCAAUCGAUUACAGAUUGGCUUAUUGUACUUAGUCAAACAAAAAAUCGAAAUGAAAUUCAAUUGAGCGAUUUGACUAGAGGAUCCAUGUAUAAAUUCAAAUUUGAGAAUGCAGCUAUUGCAAAUAUUUGGUUUCAACGUUUAAAAGAAGCAACACUAUUUAAACAAACAAAUGGUCAAUUAUCAGAAAAUUUAAUUGCAUUAGAUUAA